CAAAAAACUUACUGAAAUAAGAGCAACCAAUAUAAACAAGCAGUCCUCCCAAAUCUUGCCACUUCUUCUGUCAAUCUAUCUAUCCAUCUUCCCCAAAACCCUCAAAAACCCUAACUCGAAACCCUAAUCAAUGGCCGGCUCCGACGUCUCCGACGGCCCCGUCCUCAGCCUAAUCAACAAACGCCUCCGCGCCCUGCGCAAGAAACUCAACCGCAUCACCCAAAUGGAAGACUCCAUUUCCAACGGCAAGUCUCUCAACAAAGAACAAGAAGAAGUCUUCCGUUCCAAGCCCUCCGUAAUUUCCGCCAUCGAUGAACUCGAGAAGCUCAAACAGCCUCUUUCGAUCGCCGUCGCCGAAGAAAUCGAUCUGGCGGUUAGAGUCAAGAGUGAGAAUGUGGCGGAAAAGGCGGAGGAAGGGGCGAAGAGUGGGGACGAGUUUUCGGUUGUUGAAAAGGUGUUGGAGUUGUUGUAUUUCGGGAGUAUGUUUGAUGUGAGGAGUGAGAGUGAUUUUACGAGGACGGUGUUGACCAAGACGCAUGAGAGGAAUUGUUGUUUGAGUUACGAUUAUGUUUCGGAUGAUGAGAGUGAGUUGUUGGCGGAGAGGGAUUUGGAUUUGAUUUCCAAAGUUGGGAGCUUGUUGGUUUCGAGGCCGGUGGAUACCAGUUUGUCGCAUAAGAAUGCGUUGGAGAAGUGUGUGGAGCGGGCUAAGCUUUGGAUUGAGAGUUCGGAGCAGACGGUUGAGGGGGAGGAGAAUGUGACUUAUUCUGUAUUGAAGGAAAAGCUUGCGAAGAUAAUGAGUUCUCCGUACUUUACCACAUUGCCAGAAAUGAAAGCGCCUGUGGAGGUGGCUGCUGCUGGAAACUAUGGGUCUUUUCAGGCUCAAGAGGAUGUUCGGUAUCAACAAAAGGAUGAUGAUUUACCAAAAAUUGAAGGGAAUGAAUCUUCUGAUAAUCAGGCUGGUCCUGUUGACGAAUUGCAGAACGGUGAAUACAAGGUUGAGAACUCUACAGAGCUACCAGCUGAUUCAGAGUCGGUCAAACCACAGCCUGAUAGGGAACUAACAUUUGGAGAUGUGGAAGCAAAGGAGCAACAGUAUAACCGGAGGCAUUUCCAGAACCAAAGGGGUGGACGUGGCCCAGGUGGUCGUAGGGGAUAUCCCAAUGGGCGCGGAGGUCGGAAUGGUAACAGCAGGGGAGGUGGGCCAUACCAGAAUGGUCGCAACCAGUACUAUGAUCAGCCUGGAAAUUACUAUCCUAGAAACAACUAUUAUAGCAAUAGAGGCAGGGGAGGUGGUAGGGGUGCUGCCGGGAACAAUCAUGGCUCUGCAGUUCCAACUGAGUCAUGACCUCGUUACUAGCUCUCUGGUGGAUGGGGAAGAUGAUUUGCUUUUGCUUGAGACAUGGAUUGAAUCUGGGUUGUUGUAAGACGAGUGGUACACUCAGGACCCUGUUUUGUUGUUCAAUUCAAUCAAUAGAGGACUUGUUGGUAAAAUUCUUUUCUAGCAAUGACUUUAUUGAACUGCAAUGAUGGUAUCUUAACUUGGUUAUAAAAUGUGUAGCAUGAGGUUUUAAUUAAAA